GUCUUCAUAAGCUUAAUCUUAUGUGUUGGAUACAUACUCACAUUUAAAUAUGUCUGCCGAGUAUAAGUAUGACAUUGACAACUUUGAAGUAUCAAAUGAUAUGAAGAAAAACUUUGACAAAGAUGGAUAUACCUUAAUUCGAAACCUGUUUAGCAAAGAUGAAGUACACAAGAUUGAAAAAACUAUAACAGAAGGAGGAAUGAUGAAACAUUCGUAUAUGAUACCGGACAAAGAUGGCCGCUCCCCGAUUAUUGGUUUAUGGCAGCAUCCAGGAAAUGACGUCACAGGAAUGAUGACGAGAUGUGAAAAAGUCGUCACUACAGCUGAAAAGCUCCUUGGAGUGGAGGAGUUGUACCAUUACCACUGUAAAUUUCUAAUCAAAGAACCAAAAGUUGGCGGAAGUUUUGAAUGGCACCAGGAUUAUGGAUAUUGGUACAACUACUGCCUUAGUCCUGAUAUGUUGGCUGUGUUCAUCGCGGUAGAUGAGUGUACGCAGGAAAAUGGUGGUCUUGUGGUUUUAAGAGGAACACAUAAAUGUGGAAGAGUUGACCACGGUAAAACUGGUGGGCAGCAAGGAGCUGACAUUGAACGGGUUGAACUUUUAAAGAAGCAGUAUGAACUUGUAAAUGUAGACCUACAACCGGGUGAUGUUUUGUUCUUUCACUGCAACUUGCUUCACUGUAGUGGACCAAACAACAGUGAGAAAAGACGGCUAGCUAUAAACGUAUCAUAUAACGAGAAAAGUAACAGUCCUGUGAAACCUGACAUCUGUCCAGAAUACACCAAGUUGGAGAAGGUAUCGGACACAGCUAUUUUGGAGUGUCAAAAUUAUACAGAUUUCUCGGGGAAAAACUUCAUAAAGCGAGGCGAUGAUAAACUUGUCGACUUCGCUGACCAGACCUCAAGUUAUGAGAAGAGCGGAUAGAUGUAACAUUGACCGCAGCUUGUCUGAACUAAUGUCAACGUUUUAAGUUGAAACUAUCAAACUAGGAACUGCUAUUGUAUAUUAUUAAUGUUCUGGUGAAAAUACAAUAAUAUUGAUGUAUAUACACAUGUGACAUUUACGUUGUCUUUGAUUAUUGCUUCAUAAUAUUUUAUAAACUGUAAUAAGAACACACGCAGAAAAAAGAGAUAAAAAAUGGGUUGCGUUUUUUGCGAAUUAUUUAUCAGUUUGAAUGAAAUAGAUACUGCCAAUUUAAUUUUGCGUAAGUAUUUUUCCAUGUCGAUUUCAAUUGGCUGUUUUUUUUGCCUUUACAAAACGCAGUUUAUCAGUAACUGUUGAUAAAUAACCUCUGUACAAAUGUAUAAGAUUAUUCAGAACGAUAAAGUGGUUCUCGCAAUCAACCAUCUUCAAUAUUUGAAGGUCUAAAUCUUUUAAAAAAAAUACUGGGAGCUGAUGAAACACUGAUGUACUUGUUAUUUUGUAUUGAUUUCUUUGAGAACUGUUCUAUGAUUGCAUACAGAAAAGUUAAGUUCUUCCGGUUAAUUGUUUUCUACUGUCCUGCAGUGU